UCCACCUGCUUCCCCUUUCAUUCUGUUAAAAAGUAUCAGCAAUUACACUUGAAAAAGAAUUUCCAUUGGCUUAUUUCAGAAGAUUUAACAGGACAUCAGAGCAAAUUCUGAAAAAAACAGCUGAAGAGAGGAGUUUUUUCCUAGGUCAAUUUCAGAUCCUGAAAUGAGAAUGUCGACUACCAUUCCAAUUAAUUCUUUUGUCAGCCAGCUGCAACAACCAAUUCAAACAACAACAAUCGGGACUGUGACAAAUGCUCCUGUGCCUGUUUACAUACAACAGGUAGCAGGAGUUUCACCUCUUCCAGGACUUAAGGAAUUUCUGAAAGGCCAACCAAAGGCCCUUGGGACUGUCCAGAUAAUGAUUGGUCUGAUAACUUUCCUGUUUGGCAUUGUGUCUGCAGUUUAUGCAGACUCCACCUUCAUCUAUAUUGGUAUUCCUUUCUGGGGAUCUCUAAUCUACAUUAUCGCAGGUUCACUCAGCAUUGCUGCAGAAAACAACCGUAAAUCACUCUCCAGUAUGUGUUUGGUGAACGGUUCUCUUGGAAUGAACAUUUUUAGUGCUUUAACUGCAGGCAUUGCCCUUGCUUUAAUUUCACUGAAUUUGGCUGUAAGAGCACAGUACACUUUCACUCAAUGCAACAAUAAUGAUUGUUAUUAUGUGGCUGCAAAGUAUGAGACCCUCUCCUUGGGAAUUAGUGGUGUAUUGUUAUUAUUCACCUUGCUUCAGUUUAUCAUCUCCAUCUGUCUGUCAGCAUUUGCUUGUAAAGCCGCCUGUUGCUGUGGUCCACCUCAGGUGCCAUUAGUUUCGCAAGUUUUAACUCAACAGCCAUCUGAUUUCAUGCCCAUUCAUUUCAAUAAUCUUAACAGCUCAGAGAUACCUGUGGUCAGCAUUUGUUCUGUGAACAACCAUCAUGCAGAAACUCUCCCACAAUACAGUGAAUGUAAACAAAUAUGAAUUUAAAAAAGUGGGCAAAGUCCAUUAUCUGUAAUAUCCUUUCAUCAUUUUAUCAGAUAAAAAUCUAAAGUUUUUUAAAUGAUGUGUAAACAAAACUAUUCAAGACUAGAUGCUAUUACAUGAUUUGCUUUCUUUAGUUAAGUCAAAAAGGUUGUAUAAUCAUCAGUGAAACUGGAUAGAUUGCUUUUAACAACUAUAACUGCGUAAUACUAUAU